GUUUUUCAUUCGGCGCUGGAGAGUCGGCUGUUUGGUGGGUUAAGCCCAGGUGUAGAGACUGCUAGAGAAUGGUGUCCCUCCAAAGGAGGACGUCAGGAGGAAAUCGCACAAAGGACGUUUAAAAUCGAUGCAGUUCGACUUUGGACGUCUAUGAUAACAGCGAGCUAUUGUGGUGCAAAACGUGAGGCUUCGUCGUCGAGCAUUUUAAAAUAUUCCCCAGUCGCUAGCUGGCUUCGUUGCGAGAAAGGACAAGAACGAAGCCCCGAGAGGCACGUUUAACACGCCGAGACGAAGUCCGGAGUACCGCAGGCUCUUCGAGGCCUUACCGGGAUUCCUGAACUGACCUAAGCCGUUGACAGUACAGCGCUACUGGGCAAAGUCAUAACCACAAUGCUAUCUUAAAUGCCGUUUUUGACAUCCUAAUUACUUCGAGUAAGGAUUGCUGUGUGCUACGGCUAUUGCAGUUACUGCAAAAGGAACAGUGGGUUAAACUCCCAUAAGAUUCUCCAUUUGGAAAUUACGGUGCUCAAAGUUUUGCUACAUCCACUUAACUCUGGACACUUCAAAGCUACCUAAAUGUAAUUUGCUGCUAUUAACUAUUACUCUCACGUCUGACAAGUGUACGUUCAUAUAUGCAGUAGUUACGCACUUAGCAAACACCGUCAGAUUUUGCUGUUUCUGAGAAGACAAACCGUCGUAAUAGGGUGUUUGAAUGAAGGUUAGGGUGUACUGCUCCCCAGGGCCUUGGCUCAUAGUUAACGGUGAUUGACUCCCCACCUUGCAAAGCGACUGCUCCCAUUUAAGAGAGUCUAGUCAGCAAAUCUGUUUUCAAAUUUCAGGUGACGUGUGCUAACUCUGUUUGUAGGAGGGAAGGACAUAUUUAUGAACUGUUUAAAAGAUGGGGAAAAUGUUGUCAAAGAUAUUUGGUAACAAGGAGAUGAGGAUAUUGAUGCUUGGACUUGAUGCUGCAGGAAAGACCACAAUUCUUUAUAAACUAAAAUUGGGUCAGUCUGUGACUACUAUACCUACCGUAGGUUUCAACGUGGAGACAGUCACCUAUAAAAAUGUCAAAUUCAACGUGUGGGAUGUUGGUGGACAGGACAAGAUACGUCCCCUGUGGCGACAUUACUACACAGGCACGCAAGGGUUGAUUUUCGUCGUGGAUUGUGCUGACAGGGACCGUAUAGAUGAGGCAAGGCAGGAACUCCACCGUAUCAUCAAUGACCGCGAGAUGCGCGAUGCCAUCAUUCUGAUUUUUGCAAACAAGCAAGAUCUACCUGAUGCCAUGAAGCCACACGAAAUCCAGGAGAAACUGGGACUGACACGUAUCAGAGAUAGGAAUUGGUAUGUGCAGCCUUCAUGUGCCACCACAGGGGAUGGACUGUACGAGGGCUUAACAUGGCUUACUUCAAAUUACAAGUCUUAAUGACCAGUUGAUUGGCACUGACUGUUUGUUAGAAAGAAAAAUAAACAGGAAAAAAAUAACAUUGAUUAUGCUCAACACUUUGAAUUAUAUUUUAUUUUAUUUUUGACUGAUGAAAUGACCUUUAUAAUUAAUAAUUUCUCUUUUGAGCAAAAAUGGGCUUUGCUGGUUUUUAGUUUAUUAUGUUUUGUGGCACAUGUGCCACCUCACAUAAUUAACUUUUGCUUCACAUGAUAGACCAUUCCUGGAUUAUUCUAAAGGCAAAUUCUAUUUUUUUUUCUGAAUUAUGUUGGGUUUUGUAUCUUUUCUCUUUUUUUUUAGGUUAAAGGCUGUUCUUCCUGAUCUUUCAGUUGUCUGUGUUUUUGUGGUUUGUGUGAAAAGUGCAGGCUCUGACUCCUGUGAUUAGCCCAUCAUUAAGACAUGAGACCUUUUAUACAGAGAUGUUUAAGAACUGUCCCAGCAUCAGUAGCCAGUGACAGUUUUACUGGGAACAUUGUAGCAAACAUUAGGUAGCAUGACAGGUGAAACUACCAUUGUCAUGUCACUGGCAUCAAGUUAACCUGUAAAUGAGUCAGUAAGCUAUAUGGGACAGUAAGCUAUAUGCAAAAGUGUUUGACUCUGAAAAGAGCACAUGCAUUCAUAAACCAUAAAUUAAGUGACUCCAUGCUGACAAAAGCUUCAAAAUACAAUACUUGGUUGUUUUGCUGUGUUACUAUGGGGCCCCAAAGAUGAAUGGGAGAUAAUGGUCUGACAGUUCUAAGCAGCAGAAUGCUUUUUGUAAUCCAUAAAGUCUUUUUUCUACAGUUCAGGCUAAUAGCUUCCAACAUGCUGUCAGUCACUUUCAGUCCUGUGUCUCCAAAAUGUGGCACUGUUUCCUUCUUGCCUUUUCAGUGUAGUGCUUACAUCAGAGUGGACUGAAUUUGCCAUUCAAAUGGAGAGAACUCUUUCAUAUGAUUCACUUUCUUGCACUGCUUUACUCAUUUUGAAAAACAUGUACAGAAACUAAUUGUAACUGAAACAUCCAAUUAAACUUAGUCAUUUUAAAGGUU